GCCGCUCUGUACCCUAAUCCUGGAUUUGGAAAUGGGAUGACAAGAACAUAGGUAAGUACAAACAACAAGCAAUUACAGCACUGACAUGGAAAUGAAAGGUGGGGGGAGAACAGCUCAACAGAAAAUGGGAGAUUUCAUAGGUUGUGAGAAGGGUUGGCUAGAUGUAGGUGGGAUAUAAAUACCUGCAGUAGACUAAGGCAGAGAAAUGCUGAGGGCAUGACAGAUGCUGACUUCUACUGAUCAGCGAAGGUUAAAACAGACAGCAGGGUUGCAUUGUGGAGGCCUGUUCAGCUAAGAAUGACAUUUCAGCAGGUAUACAGUGAUUUUGAAUCGAACAUGAACUACUUCGCUAUUCAUCUUGUUUUAGUGUAGAAUUUUGUCUAAAUCUUUAAAGAGUUCUGGAGGAGGUGCUGACAGGAAAAAAAGUAAGGUAUUGCAGUUUUCUAUCCUUAUAUUUCCAAGUGACUGAAGGGAGAUGCAUGCGUAACUGAGCCAGAGAAGAAAGGAUUAGAGAAAAAGACAAUUCUCAAGCUGUAAGACAACUAUCGCAGCCAGAAAGACAGCAGAACAAGAGAAGGCCAAAGAAGACACAACAAAAUCAAAAGAAAGAAGGCAAGAACAAAGAUUUUAGGAAUGCAAUAUAGAGAAGAAAACAGCAAUGGAAGACGAGACCAAAUAAAGUGAGUUAUUCUGUUUCAAAGAAAAUUUGUCUUUUGAGAGAGAAACGUCACUAUAACACUGGGACUGUUGAAGAAAGCCAAUGCAACAUGGCAUGCCAGGCAUUUGGUGCCGAUACCUUCACUCCACUGGCAGGAGAUUCACCUUUGCCAAUCCUCAUGCACCAUGGAUCCACCGGUGACUGCUUACCAUCCACCUCCCAUGCCCACAGUAUGGUUUCUGCAGUAUCAUCAGGACUGUCCCUGGGUCACACCUCCAAGAGGUCCCACAUGCACCUGUCCACUUCGUCUCUUGGGAACGCCCUCAGUAAUGCACCUCCAAGUUUGCAUUACCCAGUCACUCCCUGUCAUUACAGCAACCAGCAAGCCACCUAUGGCAUGAUGGCAGCUCAAGAGAUGCUUUCUGCCAGUAUAUCUCAAACUCGUAUCCUGCAGAGCUGUGGUGUCCCUCACCCCAACAUGGUGAGUGGUGCAAACCCAUUACAAGGGUCUCUGACUCCUUGCAUUUACAAGUUCCCAGAUCAUGGGCUGAGUAGCAGCUCUUGUGCUUUAAGCCAUGGUUUUUCCUCGCUACCAUCUGCCCUCCUAUCAGCUGAUGAUGUCUCUGGGGGCCCCAGUGGAGAGGUGAAAGGUGACACACAGCGGAAAGGGAUGCGGGAGCAGGAGGAUGCUCCCCCUAUGGACUCGCCACAGAUACGAGAACUGGAAAUGUUCGCAAAUGAUUUCAAAAUACGCAGGAUCAAACUGGGCUACACUCAGACUAAUGUAGGUGAGGCUCUUGCUGCGGUGCACGGCUCAGAGUUCAGCCAGACCACGAUCUGCCGCUUUGAAAAUUUGCAGCUGAGCUUUAAGAAUGCCUGCAAACUCAAAGCCAUUCUGGCAAAAUGGCUUGACGAGGCCGAGCUGGCAGGUGCCUUGUACAAUGAUAAAACAGGAAUGAAUGAGCGGAAGAGGAAAAGAAGAACAACCAUCAGCCUCGGAGCUAAGGAGGCCCUGGAGCGCAGCUUUGUGGAGAAAAGUAAGCCAUCCUCACAGGAAAUAGCUCGGAUAGCCAAAGGGCUCCAUCUGGAGAAGGAGGUGGUCAGAGUAUGGUUCUGCAACAGACGCCAAAGAGAGAAACGCGUCAAAACAAGCCUCAGCCUAAGCUCCUGUUUAACCAAAAUCAGCCCAAACUGCCUCACACAAAUGAGCAAAACACAAAGACCUCUUACGUAAUUUAAAGUUCAGCUCAGUUGUCUCCAGAGCUAAUGUGACAGAUACCGCUCAUGACCACAACUUCUCAGAAUAGGUUAUUUUCAACUCUAACUUAUUUUACAGCUCUAAAAGUAAUACAUUCAAUAAGAUACAGAAAAGCUGAAACAGUCAUAAAAACGCUUCUAAAAACAUCCCUCAUGUUUCUUUUAGUUAACUAUGAGUGUACUAAAAUUUAUAAGACAUUGUUUCAGUUUAAAUAACGAUUUACAGUCCCUUGCAAAAAUAUUCAUAAACUCAUACAGCAUAAGGUUAUUUUAUUUGAUAAACCAACACAAAGCAGAAUGCAAUUAAAAAAUGGAAAUAAAUUGACAUGAAUAUUGUGGUGUGGAUUUGUUCUUAGCUCUCCUGAUUAUAUACCAUUUAGAAAUCCAAUAUAUCUGUAUAAACAGCACAAGGACAUUGAGAUUGGAUGGAUAGUGGCUGUGAACAUCAAUUUUCAAGUUUUCCAACAGAUUAUCUAUCAGAUUUAAGCCUGGCCCAUUUUAACUCAUCGUAUUGCAUGGAUCUAAACUACUCCAUUAUAACUCUGGCUGUUUGUUUAGGGUUGAUGCCCUGAUGGAACAUCAACCUCCAACCCUGCUUCAAGUCUGUUACAGGGUUGCCUUGCAUUUAACUACCUCUCUUGUCACUGGUGGAGAAAAGCAUACUGACAGUGAGAUGUCGCAAUCUCCUUGUUUCACCAAGGGGUUGGUAUGUUCAAGUUAAUGGGCAAGUUUCUGUCUCGCAUAACAUUCUUCAUGAUAGUUCAUUAAUGUUCUCUAACGCAUCUCUGAAGCCUUCACGGAACAGCUGGAUUUAUACUGAGUUUCACUUACACAUAGGUAGAUUCACUUAGGUGACUUCAGAAGGUAAUUUGUUGCACUGGAUUUUAUUUAGGGGUUUCAGAGUAAAAGUGGCUGAAUACAAACAAAUGCAUGCCAGAGUUCAGAUUUUAAGCUGUAAAAGAUUUUAAAAAGCCUUUAACAUUUUCAUUCUCCACAAUUAAGAGCAACUUUGUGUUUAUCACUUAAAAAAACAACACAACUUUUUUAGUGUUUGGGAUAUGACAGUGUGAAAAACUAGGGUUAUGAAUACAUUUGCAAGACUUUUUGUUCCCAGAAAACACAAAUUUGAAAAGAUGAAAUGAAAUCCAAUAUUUUUGUUGUAUGAAGUUGAUAUUUUAAGCCUAAACAAACUAAAUGCAGCAGCUGUCCAUACCGGACAUUUCAGGUGUAGUGAAUCUCAGCUGCAUACUUUUUCUAACAUGACUACUAACUACUCUAUUAGCCAAUCACCCAAUGUUAUUUCCUCCUAAAGCACCACAAUGAAGAAAUGUACCUUAGAUCAGCUCAGUGCCUUUCUGAAAACUAUCAUCUACGACACUGUCCUUCAGCCUUUGUUCCAAGAAAAAGUGGAAAUGUUUAUCUGAUGAAAAUGACCAUUUAACGUUUUUUGUUUUUUUUCAUUUUUAUGUAUGUGUUCUUCAUUCUGAUGUGCUCAAUCUUAAUUCAAGCCACUUGAAAAAUAAUUUAUUUUCAUGUACCUGCAGUGAAAAACAGCUCCAUAAUAUGUUUUAGUUUCAACGAUAACUUACAUUAUUUAUUUAAAAAUAAUAAUAUAUUGAGUUGAUGAGUUUUGCUGUAAUUUGUUUCUUUUAUUGACAGUUCAGGGUGAAACAUAAACUUUUAGUUUUUUGUCUGUGAUUUCUGUGAUGUUCUGAUUUGGGUGUUGCUUGUGUUGUUGCUGCUUUGAUAAAGUGUCAUAUAAUAGGAAUCUGGGGAUAACUGAUGUGAGAUGUCCUAACAGAAAGAGAGAGAACCCUGAUAGUUUGGACCUUAUAUCACCGUAACUACAACUAAUAUCCAGUGCCAAUAAGUGCGAUCUGGAACAGCUUGGAAUUGAUUCAUGUAAUGACUAUAAAUGUUACAUAAAAUGUCAGCAAGAUUGAUACGAAAUAUCUUGUAUUUGUUCUGUACUCGUUUGGUAAAAUAAACUGUCUGUCCCACUUGCAGAUACUGGAAGGUACCCUAGGUUCAAACAGUAAAUUGAAUCUAUGACAAACUACAGAACCUGCGCUAAGUCUUGUUUUUACAGCACCAUUACCAAAUCAAUACACGCAUUAGCAGGACAGAGUGGGAAUUCAUAAAUAAAACCAGCCGACACUUUAAUUCAGGAACAAGCUGUUUCCACUGUGACUUAUGUUUGGUUUUAUAACUCGAGUGCUACACGGGGAAUUAAAUGCGGCAGGGUUAUGGACUACCGGUGCAAUUCUUAGGGUGUUUAAAGUUAAAGAGAAGUUGUGCUUUAAACAGAAUUGCUGAAAAUCUGCUUUAUCAAGUGUCAAAGGGCCUUUGUGUCUGAGGGUUGUGUUGCAAAUUUAAAAGUCACUCUUUGUGUCUCCUUUAACUUUCAAUACAUUUGGGAUUGAAAUGAAAAGUGAAAACACAGGAAACGUUAAAGCUAAGAGUAACAAGUAUUGUAACAAAAUAAUUGCAAAAGUAAAUGCAGUUUUAGAGUCCUUAUCUCUAUUGUUUAAGCAAAAGACUACACUUUACAUUGUUAGUGCAAACCAUUCUGGUGUCCUUAUUGUUUUUUUAUGACACCAUCUGUAAACAAGCUCUAAAACAGGAAUUAUUAUGUGGCUGUGCUAUCAUGUUUAAAGCUUUUAAGAGUUCGAGAAAGUUUUUUUUUGUUUGUUUUUCCACAAAUUUACCGCUUCAGUUUUGUUCAAUCUUUUUUCUUGUAGGUUAUUUAUGUCUACAGUAUACUGAAGGGGAACAAUAAACAUUUCAUUUACAAGUUUAUAAGGACAAUUUUUAAUAAGAAAUACAUAACGUUUAUGCACACCACUGAUCUGAGGAAUGUCCUGGCAACAAACCCACAAUUUUAGAUGUUGGAAACCUGAGCCACUCAGUUAUCACUUUUGCCCUUUGGCAUGGUCCACCACCAUGUUGGAAAAAGCAUUGUUCAUUUACAAAUUGUUCCUGGACAAAUUGUUACCAUUCUUUGUUCAUAGCAGUGUUUCAUUUCUGCAGUCCUUUUCCCAGAUGUUCCAAACAGUCUGAAAGAGUUGUCUGCAGGGCAAAAAAAAAAAAAACAUAAAGAGUCCUGCAGUCCAUUCCUGGUGUAAAUAAUAUGGAAUAUCAGGCUCUCCUUGAUGUUACUCUUGGGUUGGGCAGCUUCUUUGAUGUCCUGACACCAGCCCAGCACCCAAAGAUUUGAGCAGGAACAAUUACACCUGCCUGUGGCCUUUUCUGAGCAAGCUCUGUACUGCUGGAAAAAAUGUUUCCUUAGUUAAAUCCCUUUUUGCAGGCUGCCAUGGCACUUACUACACUUUCUUGGUUUGCCCUUUGCUAAACACACUGCAAAUAAGGGGUUUGUAAUUACUGUAAUUUUCAUUUACUUUGCAUUUAGGUGCAUUUCCCAUAAUCACUCCCAAUACCAACUUGUCAAUCCAAAGCUAAAUCAUAAAAAUUAAAGAUUUUGAAAAACAAAAUUUAUCUAGUCUCAAAACCCUAUGGCACAACUGUACGCUGCAGUUACAUUGCUAGCUAAUUUAAACAGUCCUGUUUUACCUUGUAAUGGGACCACGUGAUUGUAAACCUCAGUAAGGCCUCAAUGUAUAUGAAAAUGGGUAGAAAUUAAUGGCUGCUAGAAUACUACUAAAAAAACAUGUUAUCUAUAGUAGAACACGCAGAAAUAUUUUGUAGUAAUUAAGAAUUAUAGCAGGAAGAAUAAGACUUUUCUCAGUAAAUAUAUUUCUAAUGAGGGUAGUGACAUGAAACUCACACUAGAUGUCAGCAACAACCAAAGUAAUCCACACAUGCAAAGAAAUCAAACCAAAUAUGUCUAUAAGAUAAAGUGGACUGACACAAGGAGUAAGAAUUGAAAACAAUAAAAAAAAAAUAAAAAAAAUCAGGGAAUCAGCUGAAAUAAGUUAGUAUUCAGAAAGCACGGCUAUAGAACAAGUAUAAAGAUAAUUUAAAGUGAGCUGCAGAACAUUUGGACAGGCCAAUACUGGUAGAAUAAAAUCAGGUAAGAUGCAACCGCUGGAUGUCAUUCUACGUAACACGUUGAAGGAGAAAUAGUACAGCAAAUUACCUGCCGACAUUGAAAAACCAAUAAUUAAGGUAAUGUGUGCAGCCGGGGAACAUCAAGGGUACAGGCUGUUUAUCAGCAGAUGGACAGACGUGAUGUAAUCAGAGGAUGAUGAAUAUAGAAAUGUACCGAGGCAUUCCUGACGAGAAUCUUUAAGUUAAAUGAGAGUAAAUGCUUUAGGCAAAACAAUGAUCCCAAACACCCUGAA